AAAAAAAAAUAUUAAUAGCCCUGAAAACAAGUAUAUGUAUCACACAAAUAUUACCGAACACGAGAUUUGUUUCUGAUUUACGAAUUUGUUUUAAAACUUCUUCACACCAUUCUAAGGAGUUUAUAUUAAAAUCGGAGUUAAGAAGAAUUUUCCAACUAUAUAUUCCAUUGAGUGAUAAUAUAAAUCUUCUUGUAUUGGAUAUUGUUGAUUUGAAUAAACUAUACAGUAUUCUAAUUUGAUUUUUUCUCUGCGUUGAAUUUAUUGUAUAAAGUUGUAAACAUUGUAAUUGAAAAGUGAAAUUACAAAUCACAAUUCAAAAGAAGAAAGAACAUUUUUACGAGAAAGGUUUUACUUUCAUUUUUUUGUUGCUGAUUCAAUAUAAUGUGAGAGCGUACUGUGUUCAAGUAAGUGCCAACAUGUUCGCAAUGGCUUAACAAUACACCUCUAACAGCAAUAUGGACCUGAUCGUUGGGCUCAUUUUAUUAACUUUUAACGUCUGUUAUGUCAAGGGAAUAAAGGCUGCAACUAAAAGAGACAAAAAAUGUUCGCAGUUCAAAUCUCAAACUGAAAUCUUUACUGAUCAAAAUGGAUGCUUUCAAAUUUUCUCAGAAAUGUCCAGCAUUAGAAAGGCUUGCUACAAAAAUUACCAUGCAACUUGCAAAAGUAAGCCUUCGAUAAUAACAUUCGUCGUCUCGAAGCAUAUGGUCAGCGACGAUUAUAAUUACGUCAUACAUCUUAACAUGACGUCGAUGAUACAGGAGCAGAGGAAAGGUUGUUGGGGAGCUCUUCUACGGUAUAAAACAACUGAUGAUUCGGUGGAGAAAUGCCAAUACAAGCAGAUAAUGGAGGAAUAUGUGGAAUUUCCAUUUGAGUUUUAUACAAGCAAAACCUACACAUAUAACGUCACACUGUUACCAACUGGAGACACGAUCAAAUCCUCCUGGACAUCCCCAAGUCAAUGCGAACUGUCAACUUCGGAUUAUGUCAAAAGUGCCAUUAAAAGGACGUACAAUUCCAUUAAUUAUUGUUUUAACAGAAAUCCAAAAGUAUCAAUAAGAAAAUUUACGAAAGCGCAAUGUGAGAAGCACAAUUUCGACAAAGUUAAAGUUACAGACAUGUUAAACAAGAAGCUGGAAGUGACAGAAAAUUGCAGCUUUCUUUUAACUAAAACUGAACCCAACGAAGGGGAAGAUUUACAAAAAGAUUACCUAAUGGCCAUUGUUGUUUUGUGCAUAGGUCUCUUCUUUAUCCUGCUUUUAACUGUGGCGUGUUUUGUUAAAGGCCAUGCAAAAAGAUCACGUGCAAUUUCCUAUGAUUCCAAAGAAGAACAAAAAAUGAUCGAAUCAAAAAACUCAGUUGAUGGAAGCACGUCAGUUAUGAUUUUAAAUCGCCCUGGAUGUGAACUUUUAGAAGUAUUUCUUCGUGAUUUUGCUUUUGUGCUCAGCUCUUACGGCGUCAAGGUUAAGAUGUCAUUGCUUGAACAAAGCGAGAUUGAUGCAGAGGGUGGAAUAGCAUCGUAUAUGCAGAAGCAUAUUAAUGAAUGCGACUACAUUCUUAUUAUGUGCACAGAAAACACAAAUGAGCAUAAUGUAAUCUCAAGGCACAGACCUUAUGAAUUUGCUGUGAGAAUGAUCGGAGGAUUGGCAUUUCAUCAAAACGACUCUUCUCGUUAUAUUCCAAUAUAUUUAUCAUCGUAUAAAGAAGCAGUGAAGUUUAUACCAUCAUUUGUUAACGCAUCAAUGUCUUUUGGAUAUCAGGUGCCGAAAGAUAUAAAAAAGUUACUUUUAAGAAUUACUUCUGAAAAGCAGUUACAAACAACAGCUGACAGGACAGCAAAAGACAAAUUUUUUAUUAAUAAAAUGGAAAACCAAAGAAAGAAGAUAAUGAAAGAACAACACUUGAAUUGCAUUAAAGAAUAUUGCACAAAGGGUAUGUGCCAUGGCAGUGUUGUAAAUCUUUCAUCAAUUUGGCCAACGACUGUUCAUUCUUCUAAAUGGUCUUCUUCAGAUUCUGUAGCGAAGAAUAUUGUAGAUGAUAUAUUUACAGAGUCGACUUCCUAAGAAGUAAAUUUAAAUGGAUCAGAGUUAUAUUACGAGACUUUCGCUCAACUUUUAAGAAAUAAAUUGUGGUGACUAAUGGUUUUCCCUUAAAAUGGUCAACGAGAAAUAGAACAGCAGUUUUUUCAUUGCUCAAAUGUAUGCAGCUUAGACACACACAUGUCACUGCACAAAACAAGAACAAUGGUAUGUUUAGGUGUUUCCUUGCUAAAGAAAAUUUUUCAAAGGAAUUAGAAACCUGAAAGCACACUCUCAAACAGAUAUUAAAAAUCUAUAAAUAAACGCAACUGCAACCUGAUCCUAUAUUAAAAUGUUAUCAUUGGAAUCGCAAUCGUAGUCUUUGUAAAAUCAUGUACAUAACCUAACGUUCGUACUUUUAUUAAUAGAUGAUAGAUUUGCAGGACAAAUAAUCGCUUUAGACAUACUUUGGGCAGACAAUGGUGUUUUGGUCAAGCCUUCGGCAUAAGUGCCGAUACUAUUUUGGUUCUUUGAAGACAUGACACUAUGCUUGUGCAAUGUUGUGAGUCUCAUUACCUAGAAAAGUGAUACUUUAAGUCAGCAGAGUAUUUUAAAGAAUGUUGAAAAUAAAUCCUUCAAUAAAAAACUGUAAAUACAGCUAAUGGCAUGGAACAUGGUUGAACAAAUAUGGGAAUAGGCUAAUGUCAAUGCACCUUUAGGAAAGAAUAUAUUUGGUCAAAAUUAAGUGUUUGCAACAUCCGCCAAAUUAAAUUCAUGCCAAUUUCAUGCCAAAAAUACUUAUUUUUGCUCUUUUUUAAAUUAAUUUCCCAAAAAUUUACUUUUCACCAACUCUUCUUCCCGCCACAAUUUUCAAGAUAUACAUGAUUUGGUACAGUGCAACAUUUUCUCUGAGAAAAUUUAAAGAUAAGUUUUUUUAAGUCUUAACAUUACAUGAUAAUUAUUGCGUCAUUCACUGCUUUGUUAGUCUGACCCAGUUCCCUCUUUUGCGCAUGCUUUUCCUUCUUUUCAAUCAAGAGAACACGUGUAUAUAGUUGUAAAACAAAAAUUAUUGUUUAAACCAGGAAUCGACAGAAAUGAAGAUCUGUCCAAUGUACAGAAGAUUACUUAUUUAAAAAAUUCACUCGACAUGAUAGAUUCCAUGAGCCGGCAAGAAUUGCAUUAAUACGCGGUAUGAUAAUACAAUAUUGUUAAGUACGUUUUAGUCAUUUUUAGCACCUGGCAGUGUGACGUCUUCUUUACAUCUGACGUUUUUAUUGGCUUAUAUCGAUCACGUGAGCGGGCGCUAUUUUCUUGCAGCGACCGGCUGAAAUGUAAACAAAAGAAGUAAAUAAACUUCCGUGAAAAUUGCUAUGAGAAUGUCCAUAGAAAAGCC